CAUAAACAUAAUUAGCUCGGUUUUAGUUUUAUGAAUUCAGUACUCAAUAUUCAUCCAGUAAUGCAUGUGCAACAAUCCAACUUACUUAUAUUUUACUUUUUCUCCCAAGAUAAAUUUACUAAAAUGACGUUAUUAUCGUCUAUUGUUCAUUUUAACAUUUUAAUUUGUUAGAUUAUACAGUUAGAAUUACUCACUAGUAGUAAAGGUCAAAUAUUCCGAUUAGGAUACUUUUGAUUAUUCAUUUAAAUUAUCAUUUAUUUGUUCCUUUUCUUUUAAUUAAUGUACCUAAUUCUAUUGAUCUGAUAAUGAAUGUACAUAAGUGAUUUGACCUGCCUCUGUAACAUACGUACCUCUUGAGAUGGCUGAGAAAUAUGUUUUUACCUUAGGUCAAGAAAUAGAAGAAUAUGCCAAAGAUAAUAUAAAUGAAACAUCGGAAAUUAGAGAUAAGUGUUUGAGUGAAAUUAAAAUAUGGUUACAAGAAGAAAAAUCAAACUUGAAUGCUCGUACGGAGGACAGGUAUAUAUUACCGUUUUUGAGGGGAGCUAAAUUCGAUUUAGAAGAAGCAAAAUCCAAAAUAAUAAGUUAUUACAUUUUAAGAAGAGAUGACGUAAAAUGGUUCACAAACAGGGAUCCUUCUUUGCCAGAAUUGCAAGAAAUAAUCAAAUUAGGAGUAUUCGUUCCCUUGAGAAAGUUGUAUCAUAAUCAACUCGUGAUUCUCGUCAGAACAGCCGCACAUAAUCCCAGAAAACACAGCCAAGAUAACGUUUUUAAAGUCGAUCAUAUGAUUUUGGACAUAGCAGCUCUAUUUGAAUUUGAAGCAGCCCAAAUUUAUGGCGUUAUAUCAGUUUUUGAUAUGAAUGGCGUCGGUGCAAGGCAUGCUGCAGCACUUACUCCAGGCAUCGUCAAGAGAGCAGUAACUGCCUGGCAAAAUUACCAUGUUACUUCUAAAAGCCUCGAUUUUGUAAAUUCCCCUAUUUACCUUAAUGUAAUAUUAAAUAUAUUUAAGAGCUUUAUGAAUGAAAAAAUGAAGAAGACAGUCAAAGUUCACACUAAAGGAUUGGAAAGUUUACAUCAAAUUGUUGACAAAGAUAUUCUUCCUGAAGAAUAUGGCGGUACCGAUGGAAAAUUAGAGGAUUUAAUUAACUUUUGGAAUGAAAAGUUGCUAAACAAAAGAGACUGGUUUCUUGAUGAUGAAAAAUAUAGAGCCGAUUAAUAGUUUUAGAACAUUUAAUAUUUUAAAAAUCCAAAUUUAUGUUUUAGGUAAAUUUAAAAUCAACGAAUUUUUAUGAAAUUUUUGAUUUUUAGUACCUUA